UGGGCGCCAUUGCAUGCCGAUGGUUGUUUUCCUCCUGACAUAACCUUCCUUAAGGAUCGUUUUUUUUUUCUUCAUAAUUCGGCAUUUGGUUUCUUAUAUUCCUGGUGUUUGUUGGUGAUUACAGAAACGAUAGGUGUACAGAAUUAGCUACAAUGGACUUCUUGGAGUAUUCCGACGUUUCUGCGGAAAUCAAGGGCUGCAUGACCACGGGCAGGAUCAAAAUGACCGAUCAAAAUAUAGUAUUCAAAAACAGCAAGACUGGCAAAGUUGAUCAAAUCCAAUCCAACGAUUUGGAGAUGGUCAACUUCCAGAACUUCGCUGGCUCUUUGGGUAUAAGGAUAUUCUUAAAGAAUGGUACCUUGCACAGGUUUGCUGGGUUUAAGGAUUCAGAGAAGGAGAAAAUUGCAAAAUUCUUCUCUAGCACAUACCAAAUGGACAUGUUAGAGAAAGAGCUCAGUCUCAAGGGCUGGAAUUGGGGUACAGCCAAGUUCAAUGGAUCUGCUCUAAGUUUUGACAUUGGAAGCCACAGCGCAUUCGAGAUACCUUUAAAUCAUGUCUCACAAUGUAACACUGGAAAGAAUGAAAUUACCAUGGAAUUUCACCAGAAUGAUGAUGCACCAGUAAGUUUAAUGGAAAUGAGAUUUUAUAUACCAUCAAAUGAAUUGAAUGGGGAAUUAGAUCCAGUUGAGGCAUUCCAACAACAAGUUAUGCAGAAAGCAAGUGUUAUUAGUGUUUCUGGAGAUGCCAUUGCUAUCUUCAGAGAAAUUCAUUGUCUCACUCCACGUGGUCGAUAUGAUAUCAAAAUAUUCAACUCUUUCUUUCAAUUGCACGGAAAAACGUUCGAUUACAAAAUUCCCAUGUCCACUGUUUUGCGUAUGUUCGUGCUACCUCACAAAGAUUCUAGACAAAUGUACUUUGUCGUUAGUUUGGAUCCGCCUAUUAAGCAGGGUCAAACCCGUUACCAUUAUCUUGUUCUGUUGUUUGGGUUGGAUGAGGAAACAUCUAUAGAAUUGCCGUUUUCUGAAGAGGAGUUGAAGGAUAAAUAUGAGGGUAAAUUGGAUAAGGAGUUGUCUGGGCCUACAUAUGAAGUUCUUGGAAAGGUCAUGAAAGUUAUUGUAAAUCGCAAGAUCACAGGUUCCGGUGGAUUUAUUGGACAUACUGGAACUCCAGCAAUUGGAUGUUCGUUCAAAGCAGCUGCAGGAUAUUUGUAUCCUCUCGAACGUGGUUUCAUGUACGUGCAUAAGCCUCCUCUUCAUAUCAGAUUUGAAGAAGUUCUUUCGGUGAAUUUCGCUAGAGGAGGCGGAAGCACGAGAUCUUUCGACUUUGAGGUCGAGCUAAAAUCAGGAACAGUGCACACCUUCAACAGUAUUGAAAAGGAUGAAUACAAUAAACUGUACGACUUCAUAAGUUCUAAGAACCUGAACGUUAAAAAUCGUGGUAAAAACGAUAAGACGAGCAGGAAAGAUGACUUUGGAGAUUCAGACGACGAGAACGAACCGGAUGCCUACUUGGAGCGUGUCAAAGCUGAAGCGCAGGAACGCGACGACGAUGACGGUGGAAGCGAUGAGAGUACAGAUGAUGAUUUCAACCCGGAUCAGGUGGAGAGCGAUGUGGCAGAGGAAUACGAUAGUAACCACACGGACAGUUCUUCAGACGACGAUGAGGAAGGUUCUGGUAGUGGUGGUGGAUCAGGUAAUCAUAAACAUUUAAACAAAAAGUCGACAAAUAUUAAAAAACAUGACAAAGCAACAGAUGGGGAUUCUAAGAAAAAGGAAAAGAAACAGAAGAAGGAGAAGAAAGAGAAAAAGCCAAAGGCUGCGAAAACCGUAUCGGAGAAGCCGAGGAAACCACGCAAACCGAAGAAGGAGAAGGAUGCGAACAAACCGAAGAGGCCGCCGACCGCUUUCAUGAUUUGGCUGAACGAGACCAGAGAGGAGAUCAAAGGUGAUAAUCCUGGUAUCAAGGUGACUGAGAUCGCCAAGAAGGCAGGAGAAAUGUGGAAGGAGCUCAAAGACAAAUCGCAGUGGGAGAAGAAGGCUGUAAAGCUCAAGGAGGAUUACACAAAGGCCAUGAAGGAGUAUGAGGAAUCCGGAAGCGCAGCAGAAUUCAAAUCAAGGACGAAAGCAGCCGCUACAGCAUCAAAGAGCAGUAGCAGCAGCAGCAAGUCUGUCAAAUCAUCGCCAAUGAAAGGUGGAGAUUUUAAGAGUAAAGAGUACAUCGAGAGCGAUGAUGACAGCUCCGACGAUGACAAAAAGAAGACCGCUACCAAGAGGAAGGGAUCUGAUAGCGAUGAUAAAUCGACUAAAAAGAACAAGCCCAAAGAAUCCGAAUCAGAAGAAGCGGAAAGCACGGGGGCUUCCAGUAAUGAAAGUGAUUAAGUUUUUAUUUCAAUAUUUGUUUUUAUAAAUAAAAAUAAAGAA